AUGGGUGACAACGCAUUUCUUCUAAGUUUCUUGAUUGUUUUUGCCCUUGUCUCGAGCUUCAAAUUCGCAAAGGCUCAGAUGGUGCCGGCCAUGUUUGUUUUUGGUGACUCCCUAGUCGAUGUCGGCAAUAACAAUUACCUCCCAGUGUCUGUUGCCAAAGCAGAUUUUCCUCACAACGGCAUCGAUUUCCCUACUAAGAAAGCUACUGGAAGGUUUUGUAAUGGAAAGAACGCUGCAGAUUUGCUUGCUCAGAAAGUAGGCUUACCUACUUCACCACCGUAUCUAUCCGUCUCGCAAAAGAAUGCCUCCUCCUUCAUGACCGGUGUCAACUUUGCCUCUGGUGGUGCAGGAAUCUUUAAUGGCAAAGAUCAAUCUUUGGGUCAAUCGGUACCACUGACCAAACAAGUAGGCUACUAUGAAUCCGUUUACGAAAAUUUGGUCCAAAAGCUGGGAUUGUCUGGAACACAGAAGCUCCUGUCUAAAUCACUGUUUGUCGUUGUCGUCGGUGGCAAUGACCUCUUGGAUUACUCUGGUUCGUCUGAUCUCCAGAAGAAAAGCACCCCUCAGCAAUACGUGGAUUUGAUGGUUCUUACACUCAAAGAGCUGCUUAAGAGAUUGUACACCUCUGGUGCCCGUAAAUUUGUCUUUUCUGGGGCUGGGCCAAUAGGCUGCAUUCCAUCACAGAGGAUUAAGAACCAAACAGAUAAGGAAUCUUGCAACGAAAGCACUAACGCCCUGGCCGUUACAUACAAUGAAGGGCUAAAGUCGAUGUUGCAAGAAUUGAAAUCAAAUCUCAAUGUUAUAUCCUAUUCCUAUUUUGACACCUACGCCAUGUUGCACAAUAUCAUUCAAGAUCCAGGAACAUACGGGUUUACCGAGGUUAAAGCUGCUUGUUGUGGGCUCGGAAAAUUGAACGCCAAGAUCCCAUGUCUGCCUAUUUCAAAAUAUUGCCCCGAUAGGAGAAAUCAUGUUUUCUGGGAUCUAUAUCAUCCUACAGAGGCCACUGCUGGCAUUCUUGUCGAUUCUAUUUUUGAUGGAACAUCGCAGUACACAUUCCCCAUGAAUGUGAGGCAGCUUGUGACAGUUUAG